AUGGAAGUGAUUGCGCAUUGCAAAGUUUAUCCGCUUUCAACGUUCUACAGGCCCGCGCAGGUUAGCAUCAACUGGAUUGCCAGGGAUAACUUUGGAAAUGUGGUUGAAGGUGGCGAAAGUGGGGACGGAAACGUAGGCGUGGGUGACGUGGGAUUUGUACAUCUCAUCGAACAUGACUUCAAGAUUUCCGAGUUCAAAGGCCGAAUGGCUCUGAGACUGGUCGAGCAGCUUCCCUCGCAAGCAUCCAUUCUAAUUGUCGAUGUCGUCGCGAGCUGGCGUAAAUGGCUCGACGCGCACGCGCACGUACGUGCGCGUGCGCACUAUUUGACUUCGCCGUCGCUCGCGCGGUUCGAAACGCUUAUUGCAUUUCUGAACCAAUUGAACGAAACUCCAGCUGACGCACUGCGUCGUUGCACGGUCCAGCAACCGCUGGAUAUGCAACUGGGCGCCAUUAUCAUCGACAACAUCUCGUACUAUGUACACGAUAGCGCAACCUACGAAAUACUGCUGAAAACUUUACGUCGGUUGCGCCAGAAUUACGGAUGUAUCGUGCUCACAACGGGCUACGGGCUCGAGUUUUACGACGGCGUCGAAAACUCGCAACGCCAGCCCAAUCAGACCCUGGACAUAGCCACGCGUCUACCAAUGUCGUACGUGAAGAACAUGGACUGUGUGCUGGUUCGUGACACUGCCACCACUGCUAGAGUCGUGUUCUCACAUACCGAACGCUAG